ACCCUAACUCGCUCUCUCUCUCUCUCUCAGUCUCUCUCUCUCCAUGGUCCACAGCAUCGCACUGUCAAUGCAAGCUCUCAAAUCCCUCUCCAUUCCUCCACCUUACCAUUUCUACAAAAGGUUUGUUUCAGACUCGAUCAAACCCUUCCAAUUUCUCUUCUGGUACUCUCUUUCUUCAUCCACCAAAGCCAAAACCCAAAUCCUGGAAAAUAACUCUCCCAUUGCCGAUUAUCUAAUCAACACCUUCAAAUUCACCGAAACCCAAGCCCUCUCUAUCUCGACCAGAUUUUAUUGGGUCAAAUCCCCCGAGAAGCCCGGGUCCCUACUUCUCUUCUUCCAAAAUCUCGGAUUCUCCGAGUCGGACAUUCGAUCCGCAGUCCGCACGUCCCCACAAAUUCUGUUCUCUGAUAUAGACAAGACCCUUAAGCCCAAGAUUGAGUUUUUCCAGGAGCUGGGUCUUGUUGGUUCUGAGCUGGGCAAGUUCAUUUCCAGGAAUUCCAUGCUUUUGAACGUGAGUUUGGAGAGAAGAUUGGUACCCUGCAUUGAAAUUAUCAAGAAUAUCUUGUCCAACGAUGAGGAUAACCAAGACCUUUUCCGCGUUCUUCGGCGGUGCAAUAAGGUGGUGAGGGGAGACCCUCAAUCAGGGUUGAUGGGCAAUAUUGCCUUCUUGAAGAGUUGUGGUAUUGUCGGGUCUCAGCUUUCAAUGCUUUUGACUAGGCAGCCUAGGCUUUUUACUAUUAAGGAAUCCAAGCUUAGAGAUCUUGUUUCUCGGGUACUAGACAUGGGUUUUGCUGUCAAUUCAAGGAUGUUGGUUUAUGCGCUUUAUACAGUUAGUUGCAUGAGCAAUGAGACUUUCACGAGGAAAUUGGAAUUGUUUCAGAGUUCCGGGUUUUCUUCAGAAGAAUGUAUCCAAAUGUUUCGAAAGGCACCUGGUUUGCUUAGGACCUCCGAGGAGAAGCUAAAGCUUGGAUUUGAGUUCUUCAUGAAUACCAUUAACUUGGAAAAGUCUGUGUUAGUUCGUAUACCUUCAUGUUUGAUGUAUAGCAUGGAUAAAAGAGUGAUGCCUCGGUACAUGGUUCUGCAGGUUAUUAACUCCGAAAAGCUGUUGAAGAGGGAGCCAAGUUUUAUUCACGUCUUGUCUUUAACGGAGGAGGAGUUCUUGGCUAAGUUCAUAGCGAAGUUUGGAAAUGAUGCAGAGAAAUUGUUGGUAGCUUACAAGGGUCAUUUAUUGGAUUGCUCUUGUGAAGACAACUCUUAAUGCAUAUGACAUCUAGCAGUUUUUUUGUAAUUCUGGACAUGUCAGUCAAUAUACAUGCUGCAAAUUUAGCCUUUCUUUUUACUAGAGCAUAUUAAUUGUUGAAAUGCUAAAGGCAUAUUACAUUGAUUUAUGGCUUUCACA